AUAUGGGCGGGCUUCAGAGGCAGGCCCAUUUAUGACAUAUGGGUUUUCUGUUAACUAUGAUCCGACCCGGUAAGGCCCAUUAAAUAUGCCGAGUAAUGAGUCCAAGGAAAGCCCUCCAUAAACCCUCUCCUCAGAAAGAAGAGAAGAGAAGGGAAGAGAGGGAGUGAAGUGGAGAAAUGAAGAAAUGAGAUCAAGUUGAAGAUGGCCAUUUCCAGAAAGCUUUGUGAGCUCAGUAGAAAUGGUGGAACCCUUAAGAGGAAGUGGGUCCCACUACCAACACAGCCUCACAAACUAUCUUCUUGCUUCUGUAGUAGUAGUAGUAGUAGUAGUAGCUCCACCAUUUCGUCCAUACCUGAAACCCAAUCCCAAGAUCACGGGAAUGAGAGUUCUAGGUCCAGAUUGUCUAAAUGGUUGCUAUUCCUUCCUGGAGCUUUCACUUUUGGCCUUGGCACUUGGCAGAUUUUAAGAAGGCAGGACAAGAUAAAAAUGUUGGAAUAUAGACAGAAUAGAUUGGAAAUGGAACCUCUGAUGCUUAACAAUGUAUCUCCAUCAAAUGGAAAAUUGGAUUCUCUGGAGUUCAGGAGGGUAAGAUGCAAAGGAGUUUUUGAUGAGAAAAGAUCAGUCUAUGUGGGCCCACGUUCAAGAAGCAUUUCAGGAGUGACUGAAAACGGCUACUAUGUAAUCACACCCCUUUUGCCCAUCCCCAACAACACUGAGAGCAUGCAGUCGCCAAUUUUGGUUAACAGAGGAUGGGUUCCUCGUAGUUGGAAAGAAAAGUCUUUGGAAGAUUUACAAUCCAGCGAACUUCCUUCCAGUACAGCAACCCCAUCUGUCAAAGAUAGCGAAAGCAGCUCUUGGUGGAGGAUUUGGUCUAAGAAGCCCAAAAAUAUUGAGGUCAAUGCCCCUGCUGUCAUUCCUUCAGAAGUUGUUGGAGUAGUUCGUGGGAGUGAGAAGCCUAGCAUAUUUGUUCCAGCAAAUGAUCCAAGCUCCUGUCAGUGGUUCUAUGUUGAUGUUCCUGCAUUGGCUCGUGCUGCUGGACUUCCUGAGAAUACUAUCUACAUUGAAGACAUAAACGAAAAUAUCAAUCCAAGUAACCCAUACCCGAUUCCAAAAGAUGCUAAUACCUUGAUUCGCAGCUCAGUAAUGCCACAGGACCAUCUUAAUUAUACGUUCACAUGGUACUCUCUAUCUGCUGCUGUCACGUUUAUGGCUUACAAAAGAUUAAGGCCCAAAAAGAGUCGGAGAUAGCAUUUUCUCAUCAGUGGUAACUUUUACCAAUCAUUGUUCUUCCUCUAGAUCUCAUCCAUGAAUUUGAUUUAGGAGAACAUGGGAAGUUAAAUCCACUUCCCAUCAAUACUGUCCUUUUGAAGAAUUUUACUGUCUUCAUCAAAAUCAGCAAAAUUUUAACUGUUGACAAUAUUUAUCUUUUCAUAAGGUCUUAGUUGACAGGAAAAUGUUUUGUGGAUCAGCUGCUUUCAUCAUUAAAUAAGCUUACAUGAGGGCAGUCAAGUCGAUGGAAAAUAAUGUUUUAUUUUCUGUUUUGAUAUAGUGAAAAGUCUCUCUUACAAAUCUUGCAUAGAAGCUGUUUCUCUCUACCUUUUCUUUGUUUGGUGUGACAUGAUGUACUUUCCAGUUUAACAGAGGAUUCCAUUGGCCCUAUAUAGAGAUAAAUUGUGAUUAAAGGAGUCUAACAAUAUGGAAUUAGACUUCAUUGGGUGGAAAGGUGUACAAUUAUGAAGUUAGCUCAUGAA